CUCUGAUCGACAUUGCUCUUGGGUUUAAUUCGCAACCUAAUCGUCGCUGAUCAUCUGUUGCUGCGCUAGAUUGACCACCCGCUUGACAUAACUAGUUAGUAGUACUAGUAUUGCACUAGAUGAGAGCUCUACAUAUACCGGCAGCAUCCGAUCUCAAGGUCCGACCUUUGUAAUCUUUCAACUAACUCACCUCAAACGCGUCACCCACCUCUUAGGAAAGUUGCGAAACCAAUUCAGUCUCAAUUUGCUCUCAUGGAGUCUGUCGCUCUACCCUCCAGUGCCGACUAUAUCAUUGUCGGCGGGGGGACGGCCGGCCUAGUCGUGGCCAGCCGUCUAUCCGAAGAUCCAACGAUUCAAGUCCUGGUUCUAGAGGCAGGGCCUGAUAGAAGCGCAGACCCUCGGUUACAGGACCCCUCCUUGUGGCUCACGCUGUGCGGGUCCGAGCUCGACUGGCAAUUCAAAACCGUGAGCCAGCCCGGUCUCAACGGCCGCGAACAAGCCCUGACAGCGGGCAAAGUCCUCGGAGGCUCUGCGGCCAUCAACACAGGCAUGUUUGUACCGCCCUCUCUUGCUGGGAUGGAGGCAUGGAAUGCCAUGGGCAACACCAGCUGGUCGUGGGACAACCUACGACCAUAUCUGCAGCGGAGCUUCACAGAGUUCGCGCCGCCUGAGCUUACCGCGCUGCGAGAGCAAGGGGAGAUGAACAUGCAGAAGGACGAAACAGAGUCGGCCAACGGUCCCAUCCAAGUCAGCUAUCCGACUCUGACAGAAAAGAGCAACCACCCGCUUCUCGAUGCUUGGAACGAGGCAUUUACAGCAAAGGGCUAUGCGUUCCAGCCAGAAUUGGUAGUUGAAGGAGCGACGGUGGGGACUCGGCCUUACUCGGCGACUGUCAAUCCAGCUUCCGGGCUCCGGAGCAGCGCCGACACCCGUUACCGCCGCCCCCAGCCGGAGGAGACGGCGCGGCGCUCCAACCUGCGGAUAGUGACUGGCGCCACGGUGGAGCAGAUCCUACUGUCGAAGAACAGUACCGACAGUGAUGAGGCCGAGAGCAGCGUGCAAGCCACAGCCGUCAAACUCCGUCUGGCCGAUGGGACCGCAGCCCAAGUUCAAGCGACCAGAGAGGUGAUCCUCGCAGCCGGGGCGUAUCAGACGCCUCAGCUGCUCGAGUACUCAGGAAUCGGCAAUCCGACCAUUCUCACACGCCACGGCAUCGCCCCUGUGAUCGUCAAUCCCAACGUGGGGGAGAAUCUACACAUUCAUAUCUGCUAUGCGCAGCCCGUCGGGCUCACGCAAUCGCCGGCGGAUGAUAGCGGCACCAAAUUCACACCGGGUAUCCAAGCCUUUGCAUUUGUCCGGACAGGCGAGGAGGCGGCACUCGCUGCCCGCCAUCUCUCUGCUUGUGUGGACCACGCGGAAUCGGCCAUCCGCAAGACCAUCCUCGAGAACCCAGACGAAGCCACCGCGUGCAUGAUACUCACGGCCGAUCCCGCCAAUAGCUUUGCACUUCUCGUUGCGAUCCCUUGCUACCCGUUAUCCCGGGGCAGGGUCCAUAUCACCAGUAGUAGCAGCAGUAGUAGCAGCCCGGACACUGGUCGGAACAACCAGGUUGAGGUCGAUCCGCAAUGUCUCACUCACCCGCUGGAUGUCGAGCUCAUGGCCCGACACGUGCAGAGCUUGUUGGAAAUCUCCACUGCUCCGGCUCUGCGGCCGUUCAUCGAUGGUUCUGCCGCGAUGAAAGAGGUUCCUCUGCAGGACUUGGAGGCUAUCAAGGCGUUACUUCGCGAGCGAGCAAUCACCACCAACCACCCAUGCGGCACGGCGGCCAUGCUGCCCCGCGCGAAGGGUGGAGUGGUCGACCAGGAGUUGAGAGUGUACGGAACAACGAAUCUGCGCGUCGUCGACGCCAGUAUCUUUCCCUUGAUUCCGUACGCAAAUCCAAUGGCGACGGUGUAUGCGGUGGCUGAAAAGGCGGUUGAUCUGAUCCAGGCUGGACGGUAGCAAUGAUGGGGAGGAUUAUGAUGGGUGAAGUUGUUCAUGAUAUGCCGCUGGAAAAUGAUAACAACAUCUGAUUGAGAAUUGCGAUAGUCUAGGGAAGAGAAAGAUGGAACAAAUCGAUAUUGUUCUACUAAUUCUUUGCCCGCCCAACCUAUGGUUUCCGAGAAUGUUGCCAUAAGCUCUUAAGGUCAUCACCAUUCACUUC